CAGUUGUGGAAGUGUUAAGCACCCCUUACGUGGCGUCUCCUUAUUCGACCUCUCAUUAUUGUCUCUCUCCUCUCCCUCAUCGAAAGGAAAAAUCUUAACUUUUCUCCUCUAAUCUCCAAACCUCCAUCUUCUCCGACGAUUCUGAGUAGAUCCUUGAGGAUGGUCAAUGAGGAAUGGGACAUGCAUCCUCCUCCUUCUUCUCCUUCUUCUCUUCCACUCAAACGCCGAUGACGAAAGCCCCUCCUCUUCCCCCGCCGAUGACGAAAGGCAAAAACGGCCUCCACAGUCCUUCAGCCGGCAAUCUCUCACGCGAGAAAGCUACUCUCCCCCAGCCUUCUAAGAAGCUCGUCAUAUAGCUGAAACGCCGAUGACGAAACCCUUCCUCUUCCCCCGCCGGUGACGAAAGCCAAAAACGGCCUCCACGAUCCUUCUGCCGGCAAUCUCUCACGCGAGAAAGCUACUCUCCCUCAGCCUUCUAAGAAGCUCGUCAUAUAGCUCACUAAAGUUGCAUAAGGGAAGGGAAUCACAUCAUCUUUAUUACAAGGGAACAAACUCAGACACAAGGCAAGAGGUUAGUAGACUUAACUUUUAAUGCUAUUUGUUAGUUGUGUGAUUAGGUUGAGAAAUAAAUAGAGUUAAGGGAAAUGCUAUUUGUUAGUUGUGUCGACGUGAUUUGCAUUUAGUUUUCUCUCUCUUUUAGGUUUAGGUGAAAAAAUUGAUUGCCAUUAACUCUGUAAUAACCAAUUCAACAACUAAAAAAUCUAAAACUUGUCUUUAAAAUCUAAACAACACGUUUAAACUAUCAUCAACUAAAAUCUUUCUCCUUUGCUACCUCCUUCUCAAACUCUAUCUUAUGGAUUCAUAUAGUCAAUCUAGCUUUCUAGACCUUUUAAACAAUCAACAACCAAACCUUCAACCUGGUAUACAACUCCCUGCCUCGAACGUGUGUGUCUUCGGUUCUCAAUGGGGUGAAGGUGCUAAUGCUGAUGGUCACACUAUCGACGACCGUAAGGAGAGAAGGAAAUGGACACCAGCAGAAGACAUUGUCUUGAUAAGUGCUUGGUUAAACACCUCGAAAGACCCUGUUGUGGGGAAUGAGCAAAAGGCAAUUGCAUUUUGGAAACGCAUUGCUGCUUAUUUUGCAGCAUCUCCCAAGCUCGCUGGUUUGCAAAAGAGAGAGCCGACUCACUGCAAACAGAGGUGGGGGAAGAUUAACGAGGGUGUCUGCAAGUUUGUAGGGUGCUAUGAGGCUGCAAUGAAAGAGAAAUCAAGUGGGCAGAGUCAAAAUGAUGUGAUGAGAAUGGCACAUGAGAUUUUCUACAAUGAUUACAAAGUGAAAUUCACUAUGGAGCAUGCAUGGUUGGAGCUUCGCCAUGAUCAAAAAUGGUGUGGAGCUUCAACAACUAAGGAUAAAGUGCAGUCCAAGAGAAGGAAGCUAGAUGACCAAUCCGCACAGAGUUCAACCUCUGUUCCAGUAAGCCAUGGAGAUGAUGAAGUUAGUGCUCGGCCUAUAGGUGUUAAAGCCGCAAAGGGAAAAGGUAAAAGGACUGUCGAAGAGGAAGGGAAGCCGGUGAAGGAGUUUGAGAGUUUUUGGGACAUAAGGCAAAAGGACUUUGCCUUGAGGGAUAAGGUUAACAAGCAAAAAUUGCUUGAGAGCCUCAUUGCCAAGACAGAGCCUCUUGAUGAACUUGAAAUUGCUUUGAAAACUAAGCUUAUUAAUGACAUGUUGGCUAAUUAGUUAGAUUUUUUUAGUUUGUUUCAUGUCGGGUUUCUUUUGUGUCUGAGUUUGUUUCAUGUCUUUGGGUCUGUUGAUUCAUGUCCUCGUUUUAGUUUAUUUCAUGUCUUUGGGUCUGUAACAUUGUCCUCUUCCUUAAUUAAUGUUUAAUC